UAUGAAUUUGCUUCAAGAAUAUUCCGCAACGAACUCGAUACUUACAUUUGUAACUAUUCUGACCAUCAGCAGUAAUUGUCUCAAGCAACUUAACAUCAAAAAAGCUUUUAGUUCACACAACUUACUAAGUUCCACCCUAAAUGCCAGUUACUAGGUUCAAAGAAUUACCAGGAAAGAAAUUUCGAUGAUCAUCGUCGUCACAAUCAUCACCAUCUACACACGAAAAGAAAGUUUGACCACGGUUUUUACGAACGAAUGUGAAAAAGACGACGAGAAAGUGAGUGAGUUUCACUGUGUGUGACUGAUUCAGUCAGCCAGUCAGUCUGAGUCAAUUAGUCAACCAGUCCUCUUUCAUCAAAUUCAUCAAGUAUAUACAUAAUGACGAUAGACAUUUUUUUCUUGAAUUCAGUCUCCCACUUUAUUAAUCCUCAGUAAUUAAAUACUUAAUUGAGAUGGGGAGGCCUAAAAAUUUUGAAAAAUCGCAACACUGCUGGAUGUCCAGCUGGAGAGGGUCAAUCGAGGACCGGGUGGCUUGUCCAUACAAUCCCAAACAUAUCAUGCCCUAUCGACGUCUUCUCCUCCACGUCAUCACCUGUGCUCAGAAAAACCCCGAGUUAGCCGCAAAAUUUGUGACCUGUCCGUACAAUUCACUUCAUCGGUGUCACAGGGAGCAGUUGGAUGACCACUUGAAAACAUGCCAAGAAUAUCAGAUAUUUAGCCUCACCAGGGUCAUGAGUGGAAAAAAUGAGAAUAUUCAAAGUUACAAAGUAGACCCAAGCGUUAACAAGGUCAUCUUCAAGGAUGAAAAGACGGAAGAAAUGUUACAACUUGACGAUGAAUGGAAACGGGAGAUGUUGUAAAGGUUCUGUUUCUCAAUAAUUUCAUUUCAUCAAAGUGUAUUGCAUAGUGCUUAAUGUCUUUAAUUUAUUACUCAUUAUUAAUUAAUUAUGAAAGUAGAAAUAGUUCACUUUAGUUUUGUUAUUGACAUUUGGAAGCUAAAUCAAUCUGUUUAGACAAGUCCACACUCUAAAUGUAUGUAUGUAUGUCCUGAGAAUUAAGAAAUAUAUGUAGGCACAAUAUUUUAUAAUAACAAUUAAUGAUUAUGUGAAAACCACUAGAACGAGAACAAGCGUAUAGAUGUAAUAGUAAAACAUUGGUAUGCAUGCACAACUCUGUAAAAAAAGCGUACAAAAUUAUAAAAAGCGGUUGGGACAUUUUAAGAUCUGGUAAAACUUAUAAGGACAAUAUACGAUGUGGCCAA